AUGUCGCUGUUAGCCUCGGGGCUAAUUGCCAGCAUUGCGGUCCACGCUACCACACCAAAGUACUGCGCCAGCGGUGCCGACAAUGUCUGUUUUCGUUUUGGCAUCCCCCAAUCAUCCGCCAACUCCGGAACCGGCAACAUAUAUUUUCAAAUCCAAGCGCCGUCGACAUACUCAUGGGUAGCUCUCGGCACGGGCGAUCAGAUGAAGGGGUCCAACAUGUUCGUGAUGUACCAAGAUGGGUCGGGUAACCUGACGUUAUCAUCCCGCCUUGGCACCGGGCAUUCGAUGCCGGAGGAGGACACCAGUUCUUCGGCGGCAGCCUUGGGUCUGCUUGCGGGCAGCGGAGUGACAAAUGGCGUCAUGGUUGCAAACGUCGUCUGCCCAAACUGUGAAACUUGGAACGGAGGCUCGCUCAGCCUGACGGACACUGCGUCGAAAUGGAUUGCUGCGUGGAAGUCAGGACCAUCUCUGGCGACUACGAGCAAGAGUGCAAGUAUCAGUCAGCAUGAUGACCAUGACCAGUUCCAACUCGAUCUCACCAAGGCGACUAUUUCUUCCGACAGUAACCCUUUCCUCGAGGCAGACACCGAAGACCCGGAAACCGGAAGCGGAGGUGGCAGCAACGGCGGAGGCGGCAGCGACGAUCCUGGAGAUGUUGUAGGACCUGGCAAUCCAUUCGCGCCUGUUAUUGGUGGUAGGCGCAGGGAUGCGGCUUUGGUUGCACAUUCUGGCAUCAUGACGGCCACCUUUGCGGCUCUUUAUCCCUUGGGCUCAAUGCUCAUGCCACUGGCCGGAAGCUGGAUUGCCCACGCCGUUUGGCAGACCGUUGCCUUCCUCAUGAUGUGGAUUGGCUUCGGCCUCGGUAUUCAUGUUGCGCAAGAAAGGAAUAUGCUCUUCAACAACACACACACCAAGCUCGGAACAGCCAUUGUAUUCCUCCUUCUUGUCCAGCCAGUACUCGGAAUCAUGCACCAUAAAUACUUCGUGAAGUACCGCGAACGCGGUGCGGUCAGUUAUGCUCACAUCUGGUGGGGUCGUAUUCUCCUGAUUCUUGCUGUCGUCAAUGGUGGUCUUGGUCUCAAACUCACCGAUGCCAGCAACUCGGCCGUCAUUGCUUACUGCAUUGUUGCAGCCGUCUGUUUUGGUAUCUACGCCAUUAUCAAGUCAUGGGCAAUCAUCCGCCGUGGCCGUCAGGGUGGUGCUCAUUUCCGGAAAAGUGACAACUUCACUCAUCAACAGCGAUAUCCAGUUGGUCGGCAACCUUACAAGCCAAGAAACCGGGUAUAAGGAAGGGAAGAAGUCUUGAGAAAGCAGCAAGCAUAGCUAUGCUGGCUUGGAAAUGAACAUUUGAAGAUAGUCAGCGGUAGUUUCCCGUGUUGGCUUGAGGGAAUACGAUGUUUUGGGAGAUACCAAUUAUAGACAGGAGGCUUGUGUUUAACAAGAGAUGGGAUGAAACGGUGAUCUGAUGUUGAUCCAUCACUGAUGAGUGGUGACGGUCUUGGCUGGCGCUGGCUAGAUGUGGUUGAAGCUGUACAUUAAACACAUAUCAACAACCAGGGAAACAUUGUGUAAUUGUAAAGUAAUGAAACACAAGCUUGGGUUGAGCUAGAUCAGUCAUGACAAGAACACAGUGGAAGCCGACUUUUGGACCAACCUUAUGUCAGACUAAAGAGUGGAAACUGGGGAUGUCCCCACUCACCACCCUGGCUUCUCC